UUCAGAUAAGCAUCGCUACUGAGCAUGCGCUCUGAGUGUAGAGCCGUUAGACAUUGUGAAAGGCUAUGCGGUCACUAAAUAGACACCAAGACAACGGGAGCUGAAGGUGUAGCGUCCGUAGACGGGCACUUCUAGUCACAGACGCCCAGCUAUGGAUUUAGCUAAACGGAGGGUAGAACCCCAGCAUAAGACAGAACUGUCCCAACCGCUUUACAGACUUGGCAACAGUUGAAUGAACCUCCCAUCUCGCGAGGCCAGCGAACAGGGGGAGGGGGGUCGCCGGAUAUCCCGUUCUAUCUCGCGACAGAAGGUGUUCCCUGCUUGGCUUGUGCGUUUGCGGUGCAUCUGUUGCUUGAGAAGAAAAUGGCGGAUGGGGUCGGAAACGGCGAUGAUUUGGAUCUGCCGGUGGGGAAGGAAGCAGUUGAUCGCCUCAUCCGGGAGAACAGUGACAUCUUCUCUGAGACCCAGUGUAAAGUGUGUAGUGCAGCUCUGAUUUCAGAAUCUCAAAAGCUUGCUCAUUACCAGAGCAAGAAACAUGCAAACAAAGUGCGUCGCUACAAGGCAGGUAACCAGUGGGAUGACCCUACGCCGCCGAAAAGGAUGAAAACGACCUUUAAGGUGCAGGACUCUGACAGUGAAGACAGCAGGAAUAAGGUCUGCUCGAUAUGCAAUAUGACAUUUACUUCGGCUGUAGUUGCGCAGUCCCACUAUUUAGGGAAAACUCAUGCCAAGAAUUUAAAGAUCCAGAUGCAGGGAGGCGUAGCUGAAGUUGACCCCCCAGUUAAGAAGCCUGUAAAAACACCAGUCCAGGGUCCAAAGGUUGAUGAUAAAGUGGAUGAAAAUGACCCUGAAAAAUUCUGUAAGCUAUGCAAAGCCACUUUCAACAACCCACUUAUGUCUCAACAACAUUACAUGGGCAAGAAACACAAGAAGCAGGAGACAAAGACCCAACUCAUGACUAUAUACACCAUUGGAAACUCGUUGCCACAGACUGCAGACAUCAAACCUGCAAUUCCAGGCUCUGUGACAGCUGGGAAGGGAUACUCCUGUGAUAUCUGCCGUGUUGUUUUGAACUCUAUAGAGCAGUACCAAGCUCACAUUAGUGGCUCCAAACACAAGAACCAAUUAAAUACUAUGGUGACUACAGAUGAAGGUACUUUAAAUCGCAAAUCAGCUGGACAUUAUUCUGCAUCUAAAGGCUUUUCAUCCUCCAAAAGUUAUAAACCAGCUGGAGGUUAUCAGUCUUCUCUGGGAACUUCCUCAUCUAGAGAUUUUUCAUCUUCAAAUUUUACCAGUUCUGGAGGUUUUUCAUCUACUUCUAGCUAUUUGCCUUCUGGAGGGUAUUCAUCAAGUAGAGGAUUUUCCUCAACCGGAGGUUUUUCUUCAGGUGACCUGAUGUCUGCUGGGAGCUAUUCUUCGUCUGGAAGAUAUUUGGAUAGGUCUGGGACUAUGGGUGGCUUAUUGCCAUCUCCUUAUUCUUCAGUACAACACAAUCAACCAUACGUUCGUGAUAUGAUUAGACCUGAUGGCUACAACUAUUUCAAUUAAGACUUUCAGACUAGAUUCCCAGCCUUAUUUGGCUACUCCUGUUUAGUCUCAAGUCUUGUGCUGUUUCGACUUGGCCUUUUAUUAAAUCUUGUUUAGAACU